GGGCUGUACUGGAGGAUUUUCGGAGGGGAAACAUACACACACACACACACACACGUAUCGUGCUUUACAAUGCUGAUCAGUAAACAUGUAGCAGCCUGGACACGUCUGAUCCAUGUUGAACCUCAGAUGGUGAGCUCGAGGGAUCGUCUGGUUUAAAGGUUAUGGAUUCGAACCUUCCUUGUUUUAUCCUCUUCAUCUUGAUUGGCUGUGUCACAUGCUCCUCUGAUGAUCAUCACCACCACAAUGCCACCCGCCGCUACGAUUACUGUGUGCUCGGAGCCGGGCCUGCAGGACUGCAGAUGGGAUACUUCCUCUCCAAGGCCAACAGAGACUACAUCAUCUUGGAGAGGAACUCAGGACCGGGCAGCUUCUUUAACAAGUAUCCCAGGCACAGGAAGCUCAUUAGCAUCAACAAGAUCUACACAGGAAGGCAGAACCGAGAGUUCAACCUGCGCCACGACUGGAACUCGCUGCUGAGCGAUAAACCUGACCUCCUGUUUAAGAGGGUGAGCAAUGAGCUUUACCCUCCAGCCGAUGCCUUCCCGCUCUACCUUUCCAUGUUUGUGAAGGAGCUCGGGCUGAGGGUCAGGUACGGCGUGGACAUCGGCAGGAUCAGGGCAGUGCAGUCAGCCACCGGCAGGAGCUACAUCCUGACUGAUCAAUAUGUGACAGACUACACAUGCAGCGUCCUACUGGCAGCCACAGGUUUGUGGGUCCCUCAGAAGGUAGAAUUUCUCGGGUCUGACCUGGUUGAAGGCUACGAGUCCAUCUCCACUAAUCCAGAGGACUACAAGGACCAGGCCGUACUUAUCUUGGGCAAGGGGAACUCGGCUUUCGAAACAGCGCAGAGCAUCUUGGGAAGAGCAAGUCGGGUGCACAUGCUCAGUUCCAGCCCUGUUCGACUGGCUUGGCAAACUCAUUAUGUUGGAGACCUCAGAGCUGUGAAUAAUGAGCUCAUAGACACAUAUCAGCUGAAGUCCCUCGAUGGGUUAGUGGAGGCAAGCCUGGACAAAAUAGUCAUCGUUCAACGAAAGGAGCAAGGCAGGAGGAGAUCGGGCACCAAGAACAAAGAGAAGAAGCGACAGUUGUACUUGACUUUAAAGAAGUACAUACAAGACAAGAACAGCUCUGAGGUGACAGGAGACGAACUGCCGGGGUAUCACUUUGACAACUUCUCUAUGCGAAAGCCCUACGACCGUGUGAUUCGAUGCCUCGGGUUCAGAUUCAACUUCAGCGUAUUUGACAGCUCUGCCUGCCCUCCAAACAGUGACAAUGCAAAAGGGAGGUUGCCGGGGGUGACAGCCUGGUAUGAAGGGACCAACACCCCUGGUUUGUUUGUGCUGGGAACUGCUGCUCACUCCAGAGACUACCGCUUGUCUGCUGGAGGCUUCAUCCAUGGAUUCCGUUACACAGCGCGAGCUGUACAUCGUGUGCUUGAACAGCGUUACCACAGCAACCCCUGGCCAUCCACAAAACUGUUGACAACGCAGCUCCAGUCCUGGAUCCUGAAGCGGGUCGGCGAGGCCUCUGGGCCAUACCAAAUGUUUGAGGUGCUGGGGGACGUUAUACUUCUUCGAGGCUCUCACUGUGAAUACGUGGAAGAGUUUACUCUCCAGGCGUUGCCUCAGUUCACCUCUCUGUCGGGUCAUGAGGUCACCCACCACGGACUGAUAGUUCUCAUCAUGCAGUACGGGAAGAAGAAGAUAGACUAUCUGGGGCGGGGCAGGGCAGAGACAGACUGGACCAAAGCUUGGCAAUCCAACUUUUUGCAUCCUGUUUUAUACUACUAUGACACACUUCCUACUGAGGAAGAAAUGAAGCUCCGUCCCCAAGGCUGGCCUUUACCGAGGCCCAAAGCAAUCCAUCACAUGGUGGAGGACUUCCUCACAGAGUGGGAGAGUCCCAUAUCUCAUAUCCAGCCACUGCGGCGCUUCCUCGAGCACUGUGUCCAAACUGACCUCAGGGCCUUCUAUGCGGAAUCAUGUUUUCGCUCAUCCCUCACCCACCGAAAGCCGCCGCUGUUUUGUCAGCAAGGUUACUUGAAGCAUCAGGGUGUCGCUCACGACAUGCAGCUGUGGCAGCGCGAUCAUGAUGCUGGACUGAUGCCUGUCGAGCAGGAUGCGGACACAUCAGGGGCCGACCCCGCAUUCCCCAAAUACCUGGCACAAGCUGGAGCCUCCGUGUCUUCAGGACUGAAACUUGACUUCUGAUUGUUUUACUCGAGCGUGCUAAAGCUCUGUCUACCAUGCUGUUAAGGUCCCUCAGACUUGCUACCUCCAGCACCCAUGAUAACUCCCUCCAUGAGACCAAAUAUUUUGACAGAAUAUCAUCCUACAGAUCAGUGGUUCCUCACGUUUAUGGCAUGUGGCCCCUUAAAGGUCCAGUGUGUAGGAUUUAGUGGGGAUGUACUGGCAGAAAUUGAAUUUAAUAUGAUAUAAUAAGUGUGUUUUCUUUAGUCUCACCUGAAAAUGAGCCAUGUUGCACCGCCAUGUUUCUACAGUAGCCCAGAAAACCAAACACUGGCUUUAGAUAGGGACAUUGAACAAUGAACAAUGAAGGAAUUCAAUUCAGGAGAAGUGUCAGCUGGUUGCGAUGUGAAAUCCUCACCACUAGAUGCCACCAAAUCUUCCUAAAUCUUACACACUGCUCCUUUAAAUUACGUCAGUUUCUACCUACAAACUCUCCUCACCUGAUGUAAAUGUCUCACACUUGACUGUUUCAACCAAAGAGUGACUUUCCUUCUUUAUUUUGAUCAUACUUUAAGGGGCAAAUGAUGUAAAAUUAUCCAAUAAUUCACAAGAAAAAAAGCAAAGAUUAGAGGGAAGAUAUAUCACAGCCCCUCAGGCUGCAUCAUCAUGCAACUUUUUGGGAACCCAGCCCCCACUGCAUAUCACUGGAGAGGCACCUUUUCCCUGGAAUGCUCCUUUAUUGAUAUUCCUCACAAAAUAUUUAUAUAUAUCAGAAUAUAACAUUUUCAUAUCAUGGAAAUCGACAUUGUAUGAAUAUAUAUAGGCGGAGGGUGGGUGUUACAGAAUGAUUAUGCACAUAUACAUUUUACAUGAUAUUAUCUGAUGAAACAAACAUUAAAGAUGGAUUACAGACUGUUUUUUAAUUCAAAUAAAAGUUUUUGUUUUUGUACUGUUA